CUCUUUUUCAUUUCUCAACAACGGUAACACGAAAUUCAAAUUUGAAGAAUUCCACCGCUCACUCUUUCUCUCUCGCAUCGGUCUUCCACAUUCACCAACACCUACAACUAUCUUUCACUAUUACAUGGAUCCCAUGGAACUCGCUGAUCUUCGGAACGAGCCACAAACCCUAAUUUCAGAACAUCACGACUCAAUAAUGGAAGAGGCUGGUGAUUCUUUGUUGGAUUCAAUGCUCUGCGAUUCCAGUUCCAAACUCAUUCCAUCUGGGUUUACCAGAUCUGAAAAUGGAGAUGAGUGUGUUAUGUUUGUAAAUGCGGGAGGGGAUGCUUUAAAUGAAGCAGCUGAUGGAGUUAAGUUUCUGGGUGAUAUCUUUUUUGAUGGUGGGAAUGUUUUCCGCACCAACGAGCAAAUAGUGGAAGGCGGAAAUUACCCGUCUAUAUAUCAGUCAGCUCGGGUGGGAAGUUUUUGUUAUAGAAUUGAGAACCUUCCUCCUGGACACUAUCUUGUGGACCUUCAUUUUGUGGAAAUCAUUAAUGUAAAUGGACCAAAAGGAAUGAGGGUGUUCAAUGUUUACAUUCAAGACGAAAAGGUUCUAUCCGAAUUGGAUAUAUAUGCAGUUGUUGGAGUCAACAAGCCACUGCAAUUGAUAGAUUCUAGGGCCACUGUGAAGGAUGAUGGGGUAAUUCUCAUAAGAUUUGAAAGUUUAAAUGGAAGCCCAGUUGUUAGUGGGAUUUGCAUUCGGAGAGCGUCAGUUCCGCCAGUGAUAAGUGAUUUCAUUCAAUGUAACUACUGUGAUGCGCAGAUUGAAAUCUCUUCAUCUCAGAUCAAAGUCUUGCAGACAAAAUCUACAGCAAGGUAUCAGAAUAAGAUAAAGGAGCUCACGAUGCAGUGCGAGCUCAAAGCAAAUGAAUGCUAUGAGGCGUGGACGUCAUUAACUGAAACAAGUAGGAAAAUGGAAGAAGUCCAGACGGAGCUUGACCAAGUGACAUUUAUGUCACUCACUACUGAACAAACUGUGGAGAAACUAGCCGAGAACUUGAGGAGUAUUUCUAUCAGGUAUGAACUUGAUAAGAAGAAAUGGGCAGAAGCAAUUACCAGUUUAGAGGAAAAAAUAAAGUCGAUGAAGAGUGAUCAGGCUCAGCUUUCCCUGGAAGCACAUGAUUGUGUCGAUUCAAUCCCUGGAUUAAAUAAGAUGGUUUUUGCCGUUCAAGAAUUGGUUAAGCAGUGUGAAGAUCUCAAAGUGAAGUAUUACGAAGAGAUGACAAAGAGAAAGAAGCUAUUCAAUGAAGUUCAAGAGGCUAAAGGGAACAUUAGGGUUUUCUGCCGUUGUCGACCAUUGAAUAAGGUUGAAAUGUCAGCUGGAUGUACAACAGUUGUGGAUUUUGAUGCGGCAAAGGAUGGAUGCCUUGGAAUUUUGACAACUGGCAGCUCUGCUAAAAAAACAUUCAGAUUUGACAGGGUUUAUACACCAAAAGAUGAUCAAGUUGAUGUUUUUGCUGAUGCAUCAUCGAUGGUAAUCUCUGUGCUGGAUGGCUACAAUGUUUGUAUCUUUGCUUACGGACAAACAGGAACAGGAAAAACGUUUACUAUGGAAGGAAUAGAGCAGAAUCGAGGAGUCAAUUACAGGACUCUUGAGCAUUUGUUUAGAGUAAGUAAGGAAAGGAGUGAAACAUUUUCAUAUGACAUAGCCGUUAGUGUGCUUGAGGUUUAUAAUGAACAAAUCAGAGACCUAUUGGCUACAGGACCAGCAUCAAAAAGAUUGGAGAUAAAACAAAGUUCUGAAGGAUAUCAUCAUGUCCCUGGUGUCGUAGAAGCCAAGGUUGACAACAUAUGUGACGUGUGGAACGUACUGCAGACUGGGAGUAAUGCUAGAGCAGUUGGAAGUAAUAAUGUUAAUGAGCAUAGUAGUCGAUCUCAUUGCAUGCUAUGUAUAAUGGUAAAGACUAAAAAUUUGAUGAAUGGUGAGUGUACCAAGAGCAAGCUUUGGCUUGUGGAUUUGGCAGGUAGUGAGAGACUUGCAAAGACUGAUGUGCAAGGGGAACGACUUAAGGAAGCACAGAAUAUUAAUCGAUCUCUUUCCGCUCUUGGAGAUGUGAUAUCCUCUUUAGCUGCAAAAAGUAGUCACAUUCCGUAUAGGAACUCUAAAUUGACACAUUUACUCCAAGACUCAUUAGGAGGCGACUCAAAAACUUUGAUGUUUGUACAAAUAAGUCCAUCAGAUCAGGACGUAGGUGAGACUCUGAGCUCACUUAAUUUUGCAACUAGAGUGAGGGGGGUUGAGUUAGGCCCUGUUAAGAAGCAAAUUGACACUAGUGAACUUCAAAAGACAAAAGCACUGCUUGACAAAGCACGGAGUGAGUGCAGAAGUAAAGAUGAAUCUAUGAAGAAACUAGAAGAGAGUUUGCAAACCAUUGAAAGUAAGGCCAAAGGAAAGGAUAAUAUCCACAGAAGUCUACAAGAAAAGAUUAAAGAACUUGAAGGCCAGAUUGAGCUCAAAACAUCUAUGCAAAACCAAUCAGAGAAACAAAUUUCUCAGUUAUGUGAGAAGUUGAAGGGAAAAGAAGAAACCUGCUGUACACUCCAGCAUAAGGUCAAAGAGCUAGAGAAAAAAAUAAAAGAACAGCUGCAGACGGAGACAGCCAAUUUCCAACAAAAGGUUUGGGAUCUAGAAAAGAAGCUGAAAGAUCAGUUUCAAGGGUCUGAGUCUGAAUCUUCCUUACUUAAAGAUAAGAUCAUGGAGCUUGAGAGAAAACUGAAAGAGGAGCAGAACUCAGAGUCCAUGCUUAAACAACAGAUGAAGGAACUAGAGGAGAAAUACACAGAGCGAGAACAACAGUGGCAGCAAACUCACCUAGUUGAAGCAGUAAAAGUGGUGGCCACACCUGAAAUAGUUAGAAGCCACGCAAAUGACGAAUGUCCAAAUGAGAUUGAGGCUCGCAUUUUACGUAGUUCAAACUCGGUAAACCGCCCGAUAAAUCAAAGUUCUGCUUUCUUAAAAGGGAAUGAUUCUACUCAACAGAUGAGAAACAAAAGGCAAUUCAGAAGCAACGAAGUUGAGAACCAUUAUUCCAUGCCACGGACCUCUUUACACGAUAGAAAAAUCACAAGGAAAUCUGAGCCACCUAAAAUUGUAAGGACUGGUAGGCUAGCAACCAAACCGCCCGUUAUUACCAAUCAAGCUCCUGUGUCUCAUAAGAGAGCUAGCACAAGCAGAGAUCAGGCUCAAGGAGUUAAAGAGAGGGACAGUAAGAAGAAAAUAUGGUCAUGAUAGAAGCAUAUCUCAUGCAACGACUGAUAAUUGGAUAUUUAUGUAGUUAACUAGACAGCAAAUCACAGGGCAGAGCUGUUGCCAGCAUAGAAUAUUCAUCCUUUCAAAGACGAUUAACACUAUUUCUCAGGCUUCUAAAUUCUCCAAUGUUCCUUAACAGAGUAGAAGAGAGAGGUACUAAGAAUUUUAGUAGCCACAUGUUUGAUCAAAUAAAUUAUUCACCAAAUGAUCAUUCAAACAUUUGUUAGGAAGCAACAACUAAUCGACUUUCAAGUGUGUCAGAUGAGGUCCAAUGGGAUUUAGCUUUGUAAAGUGUCUGCAAUCAUAUUUUUAACAGCCUGCAAAACAUUCAUGCUACGUAACAAUUUAUAUUUUCGCAAAUUUAUGUUAACUAAACGCAACUUCAUCACCAUAGACUCUCGGUAGUUGCUGCAUGAAAAAUAUAAGUAAUGUUUAAGUGUCCAUUUCUCAUCCAAAAAGUCUUAGCAUGCUGUAUCCUAAACAUAUAAUCUUUCACUAGAAGAGAAGUAAUCUUCCACAAAGGGCUGUGAAUUUGAAUCAUGAAGCCGAGAUGUCUUUCUCAAGAUGUUUAAUGCAUGAAUGGGAGACAGAUAUGUACCAUGUAUUUAUUCAAACAAACAAUUUAAAGCUUGCUUUUUUUCCCCAA